CCCCAAAAAUUCUCAAGAAGGAAUUCUCUCUGAACCCAAGCCUUCCCUCCUCCUUUUUCUUCCUCAGCAAGUACCCGGUUGAUGUUUUAAGCGGCAUUCCCUUGAUCUGGAGAUGGAGGUGCAGUCCAUGGAAGAGGUUGAUUUUCAGGAGCUCGAACUUCAUGAAGUUAUCGCUAGUGGCUUAUUAGACUUUGAUGAAUGGAUGUCACUCAUAUCUGAGAUUGAGAAGACAUAUCCUGAAAACAUAGAGAAGAUAUGUCUGGUUUAUGAAUCUUUCUUGUCUAAGUUUCCUUUGUGCUAUGGUUAUUGGAGGAAAUAUGCUUAUCACAAGAUACACUUUUGCGGCAUUGACAAGGGCGUUGAAGUGUUUGAACGAGCUGUGCAAUCAGCAACAUUUUCUGUCGAUGUGUGGGUUGAUUAUUGUAGCUUUGGUAUUUCGGCUUUUGAGGACCCUUCUGAUGUUCGUAGAUUAUUCAAAAGAGGCAUGUCAUUUGUUGGGAAAGAUUACCUCUCCCAUGUCUUGUGGGAUAAGUACAUUGAAUAUGAGUUUUCUCAGCAGCAAUGGAGUUCCCUCGCUUUUAUUUACAUCCAAACUCUGCAAUUUCCAACGAAAAAGUUGCGUCAGUAUUAUGAUAGUUUCAAGAAGUUGGUGGCAAUAUGGGAAGAGGAAAUGAAGUGUCAUACCAAUUCUGCCCUGGAUGCACAACCAGAAUGUGCACCUGAUGAUGAAAGUUCUACAUUUUAUGAGGUAGGUGAUGUCAUGCAUGCCAUUGAAGACAUGCUGAAUUCACCUUUUGGCCCCACUAGGUAUAAAGCGCUGCAGAAGUACAUCUCUUUUGGGGAGCGGUUCUAUCAGGAAGCAUGUAAGUUAGAUGAGAAAAUAUCUUUCUUUGAGAGAAAUAUUCGUCGGUCUUAUUUCCACAUCAAGCCACUUGAUGUCAACCAAUUGGAGAAUUGGCAUAACUAUCUGAACUUUAUUGAGGUGCAAGGAGAUUUUGAUUGGGCUGCCAAACUUUAUGAGAGAUGCUUAAUUCCCUGUGCUAAUUACCCUGAGUUCUGGAUGCGUUAUACGGAAUUCAUGGAAAGCAAGGGAGGUAGAGAGGCGGCUAACUUUUCAAUGGAGCGAGCAACACAAACUUUCAUAAAGAGAGUGCGAAUGAUCCAUCUUUUCAAUGCUAGGCAUAAGGAGUACGUAGGAGAUUUGGUUGGUGCACGUGCUGCUUUACUUCAAUGUGAUCAAGAAUCAGACACCGAAUUUGUUCAGAAUGUGGUAAUAAAAGCUAACAUGGAAAGACGUCAGGGAAACUUCACAGAAGCUUCUAAUGUAUUCAAAGAAGCCUUAAAGUUGGCUGAAUUGAAGGAAAAGUCCCAUACUCUUCCAAAUUUAUAUGUUCAUUUUUCGCGGCUUCAAUACAUGAUAACUGAUAGUGCAGAUGCUGCCAGAGACGUUCUAAUAGAAGGUAUCAAACACAUGCCUUCCUGCAAAUUACUUCUGGAGGAGUUGAUAAAGUUAUCAAUGAUGAAUGGGGGAUCAAGACACAUAAAUGAGGUUGAGCCCAUAAUUGCUAAUUCAAUCUCUCUUUCAUCCAGUUCAUCACAAAGUUUAAGCACAAAAGAUGUGGAAGAUGUAUCAAACUUAUAUCUGGAGUUUGUUGACCUUUGUGGAAAUGUCAAAGACGUAAUGAAAGGUUGGCAUCAGCAUAUAAAAUUGUUCCCGCACUGUGUAAGGACAGCUUCAUUUAAGCAUCCAGGAGCAAGUUCAAAGCCCUGGAAACUGGUCGCAGAAGCAAGAAAAGAAACUCUUGACACUGUACCUCCUCUGUUGUCUGACAAUUCUGACCAUCGAGUCCAGUCCCCAUUUCAAGAAGAGAAACUCUCUUCAUCAGGCAAUCCUGUUUCUUUGUCUGAUCAUGAUGCCACCUCUCAAAUAUUGGACCAGAAUCCUCAAAUGCUGGAAAAUUGUGAACUUCUAUUUGAGGCAGGUGCAAUUGAUCCUCGUCAAUCGGAAGAAUCUGAGAUUGAUGUGCAGGAGACUGCAGAGCCAGUAUGCUCCAAAUUUUCAGAGCACCCUAGAGAAGAUGCUCCUGAGCCAAAUAUGUUAACCCUUGAAUCAGCACAAAAAGUGACUAAUGAUGGUCAAAUUGUCCAAUCAUCGCAAGAAUACUUUGAAAAACAUAGCAUGCAACAACAGAACGAUCUUGAACCUGAGCAGGAUUUGAGACCACCUUCACUCGAAAAACUUUGCUUAGAUUCUCAGAGUGAUAAAUCUCGAGAUUUAAUUCCCAAAGUAUCUGAUGAUUGUGAAGCUGAUAUAGAAAUUAGUUUCUCAAAUGGACAGGUGCUGAAGAGCGAAUCUCCUCAAGUGAACAGUAAGUCAAAUGAAAGCAUGAUAGAGAUCAAUCAUGAUAGUAAUGGAGAUCACUUUGUAUCCAGCACUGUUAGUACUCGUAUUGCUGAUUCUCCCAAAAGUCACUCCGAAUAUUUUUGUCAUUCAACAGAUUAUCAAAGUACAGCGUCAGAAGCUCACUCAUCACAACAGAUGCAUGUCAAUGGUGGUGGAAACUGGCGGCAAAGGAGCAAUAGUGAUAGAAAUCGGAAGGAUUCCAGAUAUGGGUUUCAUGGGCACUCGCAUAGAAGAUUUCACCAACGGCAGCAGUUAUCUCCCCAAAAGCAAUACCAGCGAGCUGAAAUGGGCACCCGAAUUCCCGUUAGUCAAAGUCAAACGUCUCAACUUUCGCAUCCGCAAAACCAGCAAGGCAGCCAAGCACGCGUAGCGCCUACUGUUCCAGCUAAAACAGCUUCACCUCAAGCCUGGUCGGUGCAAAAUGUACAGUACCAGAAUUUUGCCUCUGCAAAUCAGUCUCAACCGUCAGCUCAACCUGCUGGUUUUCCUCAAGCACAUAUGGUUCCACAUAUCACACAAAGUAGUGAGCAGCAUGGUGAUUUGCAGAAUAACCAAGCAUAUAAUCAAAUGUGGCAAUAUUAUUACUACCAGCAACAGCAGCAGCAACAGUUUCUUAUGCAGCAACAACCCCAUCAGCAGCAGCAGCUCCUGCAGCAACAAUAUCAACAGCAGCAGUUGCAACUGCAACAGCAAUACCUUCAGCAGCAACAGUUGCAACAACAGCAAUUAUCUGAUGAGCAGCCUCAACAGCUUCAGCAACAACAAGAUCAGCAGCAACCAUUGCAAAUGCAACAGCAACAGCAGUUUCUGCAACAACAACAACAAUGGCAGUUGCAAUAUCAACAGCAGUUUCUGCAGCAACAGUAUCCCUAUCAACUGCAACAGCAUCAGCUUCAGCAGCAACAGCAUAUCCUUUACCUGCAACAGCAACAAUUGCAAAUCCAACAAUCACAACAACAACAAUCUGAACAUCAGUUGCAAAAUCAUCUGUAUCAUCAACAACAACAGGAAGAGCUCUCAUCAGAGCAGCAACAGGAAGAGCUCUCAUCAGAGCAGCAACAGCAGCUACGUGAACGGGAAGGAACGCUACACGAAGAAAUUAAGGCAUCACAGAACAACUGCAAACAGGAAGCUCUGGCGGAAGCGAGACAACACGUGGCAUCUCAGUUGCUGAUGAGAUAGUGGGUAGAGGAAAAAGAUGGAUUGGGCCAGGGUUGACACCCCCACCACAAAGUGCAGGUUUUCCUGGAGCGUCAUAUGUUAUAUCUCCGAGUAAGGAAUCACAUUCUCCCCAGAGUCGAUAAUGUUGCCUCUUGUCAUCUACAGUAUGAUGCCUUGCCCAAGUGUAAUGUCAUCCUUAAUGUAAAUAGUUUCCCUAGAUAGAGAAAAAAAACAUUUCAUCGAGUAUUUAUAGGCAAUGUACUUUAUAUAAGUUUGGUACCGUUGAUUGUCAUUUAACUGUGUUUUUCAAUCGUGACAAAUGGGAAUAUAACCAAUGAAGACCGCCGACUGCGAACUUGUAUGAACUACGGAUAGGUGAGUAGUGUUUCAGAACACUAGAAUGUUUUCAAUAUUUCCAUAUUUACAAGAUCAUAUUCUGCUGUAA